AUGGCUGAUAAGUGCCUUAAAAUUCUAAUCAACCAGUUUAUUCCAUACGUCAAGGUGUCAGGAACAUACGAUAACCCUGUUGUGACAGGUACAUUGAUGGAGGUUUUCGAAACUAUCUUUGGUCGCCUUGGAUACUGUUAUAAAUUCAUCACACGUUUAGACCAGGGCGCAGGCGGUAAACUUCAAAAUGGAACUUGGAAUGGUUUACUUGGUCUGGUUCAUCGCCAGGAAGUGAAUAUGUUGGGUUCGUUGAAGAUGGUCACGCCCGAGCGCUAUGAAGACUUCGACGUGAGUGAGUACCUGUAUAUGGACGAUUAUACGGCGGCAUAUGAAAGGCCUCAGACUGAGUCUUAUGUUGACGGCUUCCUCAAACCCUUUCCUCUAAUGAUAUGGAUGAUGAUAUUUUUGUCAUUGCUGGCUGUCCUGGGAACAAUUUCCGCUUUGACGCUGGGGAAUGAUGUCAUGUUGCUCCGUUUCACAGAAAAGAAGGGAAGACAAGAGGACAAUCCCUUGAAAACACCGGACAACACAUGUCAGAGAAUUCUGUCACUAACAAAUGAAUCAUCCCUUUGGAUUCUAUCUACCACACUUUUACAGUGGUCACUUAUAUUCUUACCACUUUCCCUUGCAGCUGUUACCAAGAUUCCCCGAGAAGACUCCCUCAGGAUUAUUAAAGGCAUGUGGCUCCUGGUGUGCUUGAUUCUGGCCACCAUCUACCGCUCCAACCUCAAGGCCAUGCUCAUCCUGCCAAGGGUCAGCCUCCCGUUCAACAACUUGGAGGAGUUAGUGGAAACUGGACUGCCGGUGUGGGUGCCCACUCUCUCGCUCCUGCAUGUAACUGCCAUGUUCAACAGCGUUCACUCACAAACUAACAUUGCGUGGGCCAAGAAGGACUUAAUCGUCGGGAAACACGUGGUGGCGGCGCCCAGGACAGCUCUCAUGACGGUAGUGCAUGAUACGUUUUCCAAGAAAGGGAAGUGUUUCAAUUACAUCAUGUCUGGGAGUCUUUUGGCCCCAAACAUGCUAAGCUUCAUGAUGAAAAAAGGUUCUUCACUUAAGCAAGAAAUAGAUCCAAUGCUGAGAGAGUCGGGCAUCCUCGACCACCUCUACCAGCAAGGGGUCUCCAACGCAACCGAGUGCCUCAGGCCGCUUACCUUCAAACCCACCAAUGCGAUCAGAAUUCUGGACCUGGGAGACUUCUAUGGCAUAUUCCUCGUGUACCUUGGAGGCAACAUCCUCGCUAUUCUCACCUUCUUCGCCGAGUUCAUUUUUGCGCAGAGUCGGUCACGUGAUAAACUGACAACGCUUCGUAGGUCUCAGAGAUUGUCUGUUCUCUGA